AUGAGCUACCAACAGCCAUUGGAUUCACAACUAUUUGGAGGGGACAUUAAAGUUAUCAAGGAAGGAUUUUUGCAUUUUAUAAGUAAAUACGGUCAUCCUUCCUCCAUGACGUAUCUUGCGGUGGUCACAGACCUUGACGGCACACUUUUGAACGAGCAUCACAGCAUCUCCGAGUACACGGCGGAGACGCUGCGGCUGCUGAAAAGUAAAGGCAUUGCGAUUAUUUUUGCCACCGGUCGUGCCUAUUUCGAUGUGUUUCAUACCGUCGAAAAGUGCGACUUGCAUGGUGGCUACCUUAUUACCAGCAACGGAGCGAGGGUGUUUGAUCCGCAGCGACGUGCAAUUGUCACGCAUGAUGUGGAUCCCGAUGUCGUUUCGGAACUUAUCAACAUUAAACUUGACGAUGAAAACCAAGACGCGGAAGAUUCAUUAUUCACAACCAACUUCUAUCGACACGAGGAGUGGCUGACAAAUCGGGGCUCGGAGAGGAUGCUUGCAGCGUACGCGGGCUCCGGUUUCCGCUACAAGGAAAUGGAUCUCAACACGUGUCCACAUGAUGGGGUACAUGCUGUUUUCUUUUCUGGAAAACACGAAGUGCUACUACGUGUGGAGAAGGUUCUGGAGUCACGCUUCCAAGGCAAAGUGGAACACAGCAUGUCACAUCCCCUUGUUCUCGACACAGUGCGGUGGGGCGUCAACAAGGGUAAUGCCAUGUGCGAGGUGGCCCAGCUGCUGGGCAUUAGCGCACAAGAAAUAAUAGCCUUUGGCGAUGGAAUGAAUGACCUCAAGAUGCUGCAAAUGGCUGGGAAGGGUUGUGUGAUGGGGAAUGCGCAAUCCCGGCUGAAAGAAGCAUUGCCGCACCUUGAAGUAAUAGGAUGUAACACGGAAGACGGUGUUGCACGAAAGCUGCGUGCCGUCUUUGAUCUUCCUAAUUAA